AUGCCGAGACGCAAACAAAUCUGCCCAAAACGGAUGAAAUGUCUUGAAGACGGCAGUGAAGGAAAAGAUGACAAUAUCGUCAAUACUGACAACCCCGAUGCAAUGUCAGAUGGCUCCGGGAGUAGCUCAGAGGCAUCCUCCAGUGACGAAGACACAAAUAUAGAUGAUGCAGAAGAAAUCCUAAAGAGCCCAGAAUCUGAUCACACUAGUUUAGCAUCAAUUGGUGAUGAGAGCAGUCUCGAAGUGAAUAAAACAUCAGGACUGAAUAAUAAUAUAGAGGAGAAAAGCAUGGUUGAUGAAUCAAAAAUGGACGUUAAAUCUCCCAGUGCUUUAUCCGAUUCAAAGGACAAUGACAUCACUCAAAAUGAGGAUACAGAGUCUAAAUCAAAAAUAGAGAAUACAAAGGAGAAUGUUCCACAUGAUGCCAUGGAUGAUGAAAAUGAACAAUUGGAAAAGACAUUGAAAAGGAAAUCUAACUCACCGCCCGAGUUUAAUAGAGAUGACAAUGCAUCUCCUCGUAGUCCCAGAAUGCACGUAGACAAAAAGGACAUGGGGUCACCUUCAGCCCCCACUCUUCCUCUCCCUGAUUCUGAGUCGUACCUAGCCGUUCUAUCAAAAUUUGCCAAAUACUCAAACUUUUUACCAAAUGAAAAAGAAUCUAGUCCCUCUAAAAAUCUAAAAGAUCUCCACAGUAAAUAUAUCGAUGAUUAUACCCCAAUUGAUGAAGACCAACCCUUGGAUUUAUCAAAACCAAAGUCCAACAGUGACAUUCCAACAAAGAAAAUAGUCCCAAAUCACAGUAAACCAACCACCAAUACUGGAUCCUCUCUUGCUACCCUCGAGAAAAAGUUUGGGGGUAAUUUUGAGAUUGAAGGUUUGACUCCAAGGGCGUCACGAUAUGGAUCUGAUCCAUCAAGGAGGUAUUAUGAUCUCUCAUCAACAAAUCUGCCAUCGUAUGACUUCUCUAAACAGUUCCUAACAGCCAUGUCAUACCAACCACGUAAGCCUAGUAAUCAUAGCAACCACACCUCCACUCCUGUGCCCCCCAGUAAAAUUGUCCCCCAUAGCAAGGUGACCCCCUAUAAGAAUGGAUUGGACCAUAAAACAAGCCAUCACCUUGCUUCGAGCCAGAUAGAUGAGAAAAUGUUGCAGAAAUCCUUCAAGCCAAAAUUGCCGUCAACUACUGGACCCCAUAAUCACAAUGGGAAACCCAAUAUGCGGGACAUUGAUAUGGAGAAACGUCCCGGAGACCCUGCUAAAUAUACAGACUUUAUAUGUAGUUGUAUGAAAAAGUUUCAUUCUUUAUAUGGACUUACAAUGCACAUGCAGGACACAGGGCACGCCCCCAGUUCUUCUAAAAACACCGCAUAUCUCGAAUACCCGAAACUUGUGCGUGGACAGGAUAUGUGGUUAAAUCAUGGAUCUGAACAAACUCGGCAAAUUCUACGCUGUAUGAAAUGUGGUGAAUCGUUCAAAUCUCUCCCAGAAUUAACAGUUCAUAUGAUGCAGACAGGGCACUAUGCGAAUAUUGUUAGCACGGAAGGGAAAAAAGUGCAUAAAUGCUCGACGUAUUGCGAACGCUGCGAAGACAGUGAAUGUGUAUUCAAAUGUAAAGUCUGUCAGGAGGUAUAUAGUGAUAUGGAGGGAUUGGCAAACCAUAUGGUCAUAUCAGGACACCAUAAAAAACAGGUACUGAAAUCGAACAGUGUUAACAUUUCAGAACAGACAUUGAAAUCCAAACAUAUAUCAACGUUGUCAAAAAUUGAUCUGUUGAAAUCGGAGACAAUGUCCAAAUUUGAGGCAAUGUCGUCUCGUUAUGACCCAUUACUCAGGCGUUCAUCAAGUUCCAGGGCUGAGUUGCCCCGAAGGUCAACGACGCCCCCUUCCUUGGAUAGUAUUCCUCCACGCAAGUACAACCCAGAGGAUAGAAAACCCUACCCCCAUAAGUAUGCUGAAGACAGGAGGGCAUCAUAUCCGAGAAAUCACGAAGAGCGAUCACGAAAUGAACCAAUGAGAUUGUCACAAUCCCCAGGUAAUGAAGGACGGUAUGAACGAGAAAGAGAGUCCCCUCCCAGAGUGUCAUCAUCACGGGGUCAAGAAUUGAUUGCCGACCGCCGAUCUCGACACUCAGUGGAUGAUAUAAAGCGUGAAAAGUUAAUCGGGGAACCCCAGGUUCUGUAUAAUAACGAUAAAGAGGACUCUACACUCUCAUCUCUAUUGAAAUACAAAAAACUUUUGGUGAAAGAGGAGAGAGAGCGGCUAGAAAAUUCAGCUGAAAAAGACCCAGAUAAUUCUGAAAAGGAUGACGAUAUCAAAGUCACAUGUGAAAGUUGUGGUGAUAAAAUUGAUACUUCAGUAUUUGUAGAGCAUGUACGCCUAUGUGUUAAAACUAAAUCGAAAGUGAUUGAUGCUCUCCGGGCCCGUUUGAAAUCCAUAGAAAGUAACUGUACCAGUCCAACGGGGAGUUCAGCUAAUGACACAAUUAAAUCUCCGUGCUCAACACCUGAGCUAGCCUCUGAUUCUAAAGCCUCAAUUGAAUCUCAUUCGGAGAAUAAUCGUAAGCGUUCGGCAUCGGAGUAUGACAGUCGUAGCACCCCGUCUCCAUUACUGGACCAUAAGAAAACCAUGAAUAAGAAAUUCAAAUACCUCACCCCAAAUGAGAAAGAUCGAACGUCGCCUAAAUCCUCCAAGGGGCCUUCAGCUCUAGCUGCAAUGGAGAGUUUUAUCGAGAAAAGCUUUAUGGAACCCCCAAAGAAAAUGGGGAAAUAUUAUGUGGACCCUAGUGAGAAGUACCGCAAUGCCUUUAGUAUGUUUCCCCUCGGGUCGCUGUACCCCCGGGAUAAAGAUAUGGACAUUCCACGCCAUAGCAACCGUGGUAGCGUCAUAUACAAAGAGGAACGAGGUACAGUUCAAGCUAUGAAACCAAAGAUUCACAUCAAAUCGGAACAUAGCGAGAGAAGCAUGUCCUCUAUGAAUGGUAUCGAAGAUGGCGACAAACCCCUCAAUCUUGCAGAUGGUGUGAAACAUGAGAAUGAUACAAGUAAUGACUCUGACAAUUCAAAAAUUGAAAAACUCGAGGAUAAAUACCUACGAGAUGAUGAUGAUUUUAAAUCCUCGAAGGCAGAAGAUCAAAAAGAGAAAUAUUUGAAUUCACCGGGAAGUGGGUCUAAUGGCGAUGGCUCAGCUUUGGAAUCACUAAAGGGACUUGUAUAUGGACAACACCUAAAUACAGAGCACCCCCUAGAUAGUCUACAAAGGUUGAUCACUCACCCAGAUCAGCUUAAAUCUGGGGGAGUUCACCCUGGGGAUCAAGCCGUCAUGCUCAUGAAUCCCAGCAUGCUUCAUUCCCCACACUCCAAUACGAGUCACGAUGGAAAAUCUCCGUCACCACUUGACGAUGAUAGAGGACCUCCAGAGUCCCCAUCUGGUGAGAAAAAUCAAUCUGAUAGUGAUUCAGACACACAUGGUGAUUUUCGAUGUCAGGCAUGUAGUCGUCAGUUUGCGUCAAAGGGAUCAUAUAGGUACCAUUUAAGCCGUUGUCACCUGACUAGUGUGAAAAAAUAUGGGAUCAAAGAGGCGUUCAAUAUGAGCCCAUACAUCUAUCUCCCAUUGGACCAUAAUGCUAAAUUCUCCAAGUAUUAUAAGAUGGCAAAGGAGUUAACCAGUAAAGCUAAAUAACAAUACAGAAAUCAGGGGAACGUUUCACAAUAGAAAAUGUAAAAAAUUGGUUUCUGGGGCCCAGCGUGAAAAAUGUGAUGCUGCAAGGUGAUAGCUGUAUUACUGUGUUACUUUAUUUGUGAAACGGCACCCUGUAUUAAAUUAUUAUCCACUACAAAUAAUAACAGUACAUUUGAAAAUAUAUCAUAUUAAAUGUUUGUAUACAUAUCUGGUUAUUUAUUUCAAAACGUUUAUGAGCAAAAUGGUGUCUGAGGAGUGAGAAUUUUAGCUCAUUUUAUUUCACCAAAAGAUAUUUAAUGGAGGGUUGAUUGAAUACGUUGAUUGGUUGCUUGUUGAUAACUAUAAGUUGUUUGUUGAUAUAAUGGCCUAUUGUAUUAGAUUUCUUGAUAUUGUGAAUAAGCGCAAUUUUCUUUGUAUACAGAUUCUGAUUUAUCGACACUUCUUAUUGAAUAUUUUUGCAUGUGCAAUAUGACUAUAUUCUUAAACUAAAUAUAUGUAUAUUAGGGGAAUAUACUGUAAUUAUUAUACGUAAAUAAUUAUAAUGUGACAGUGCUUUUAUAUAUCUGUAUAUAUACUGUAGUUACCAGGAUGUAAAUUAUUCUAAAGAAAAUAUUACAAUGUGAUUCUAUAUGCCAAUGUAUUAUUGAUAAAAUGUCGCGAUGGUCAUGUUUUGAAAUGCAAAAUUAAGCAUUUAAGAGUGGAAUCAGCAAGGAAUAAAGUUAACAGACUUGUAGUUUACACUCUAAAUUGUAUAGAAAUGACAGAAAAUCAGACACUUUAUUCAAAUUAUGGAGAGAAAUGCAAGGAAUAAACAUGAGCAGACAGACAUUUGAAGUUUGGUUGGAAUUUUUCCCUCAAUUGACUCCACAAAUGAAUGUCAUCCAUUUAUUUUUGAAUCAUUUAUAUUAACUGUACAUAAUUGUGUGGGAAGGACCAUGCUCCAAUUUGAUAAAAAGAUAUGAUUGCAUAAAAAAUUGAACACCAUAAGAAAAUAUGAAUCUACAAAAUAGAAGUCUUCUGUUGAAAAUUGAGGUAUUGGGAAUAUUGUUGAAUCACCAGUUGAUUUCCACCAUUGUCAGUCACUUACAGAACCAUGGUCUUAUAUGGGGUGUUUACUCAUCUAUAGGACCACCUGGUCUAAUAGCUGGAUAGUCUUAAAGCCUGUUAUUUCUAGUUGGUACUUAAAGCAAUCUCCACAUAUAUAUUAUAUUCAGUUCCCAUAUUCAACUGGUUGUGAAUUUUAUAUACGAGCAAUGAGAAAUUGUGAUAGAAAAUAUUGUGGCAAAACGAGGAGAUAGAAUUAUGGAAAGAAUCGUGGUCCUAUGAACAUAUAAACCACUUCUUUUCUCCACAUAUGAAAAAAUGAGAAAUAAUUGCAUGUGUGUGUUCAAUCUUUUUACAUUUUUGAGACAACUUGUAUGAUUUUACUGAGCAAUUAAUGUGCGUAUAUUGUGAUAGCUGCUUAUAUAUAGGAUUUUGAAAAAUGUUUUGUGAAAAAGUUUUGUGAAUACUAUUUAGUUUCUUACUAUUUUAGAAAGAUUUCUUCGCAUUGAACAUAUAAUUCCUGGCUCACUUUUUCCAUGUUUUUAUGAGAAAAUAUGAGAGAAAACAUGAUAAGAGUGAUGCAUUUUUUUCUUUUUGGGCAUGUAGGCAAUUUUAUGUAGUACUCUCCCCAAAAAAAACAUUUGCAAACCAUGCAGUCAAUAUAGAUUAGAGUUUCUACAUUCCUGAUGUAUGUAUGGUUGUGUGUCGAGAAAUACACCCCCCACAAAAAACUCCACAAUAAUCAGUUGGAAAACUGAUUUUUUAAAUUAUUUUGGCGGGUGUUUAUAGUAAUACAUAUUGUAUAUUUAAAUGUACAUACUCUAUUAUGGUACAUAAUGUGCAAUGCAAUAUGAUAUAAGAACUGAUUAAAAAUGGUGCUCAUAUAGGAAUCAUGUUCAUUACCAUUGAUCACAUGUGUUCAAUGGGAUAUUUGUUAAAUUGUACAAAUAGCAAUUAUUCACUUACCGUAUGUACAUUAUCACAAUUUUAGUUUUUUCCAUGGUAGCAAAUAUAAUCAGGGCUAUUUUCCAAACUUUUUUUAUCAGAAUUCUGAAGUUUUUUACGUUCAAAAUCAGUUCAAAAAUAUUAGAAAUAUCCCUCAGUUGUGUUUUGAUAUUUGAGGCCUACUAUUAAAUGUCAAAGUACAAUUGAAAGGUAUAAUAGAUGUCAAAGUACAAUUGAAAGGUAUAACGGAUGUCAAAGUACAAUUGAAAUUGAAAUAUGUUUAGUUUAGUGUACAAGUAUAAUUUAAAAAUCUAAAUGUACAUUAUCGAUGAAAUAUAACAUACUUUAUAUGUAUUUAUUUUUUUGCAAUGCUUUCUGACUGUAUUAUACUCACUGGGAAUCAUGAGAAUACAUUGACUGCUGUUACCGUAUUUUUCAAAAUGGCCGAUAAGAAUAGAUGAUUUUGAAACGUCUUCCUUUCCAUCAUAUAAAACCAACUUUCAUAGAGAAUUAUGGCAAUAUCAAGAUGAUAUAUUAUCUGGUAUGUAAAUACCAUAAUCAUACCAAAAUGAAGAAGUUCAAAAUAAUUGAUUUUUGUCCACCAUUUUGAAAGACACAGUAACGGUAGUCAACGUAUCCUGACACUGACCAGUGAUAAUGUGUAUCUGGUUAUAACCCAAACUGUUCAAUGUGCUGUGCAUUCUAAGCUUAAGGCUGUUAAUAAAUAUAAAAAUAUGGAUGCUAAAAUAUAUAAA